CCGUCGAUUUCGCUACCGGAGAUUUAGUCUAAGACGAGGUGUGUUGGUGGGCCCUUUGUCUUAGCAAUGCACGGACAUAGGGGGCCAAGAAUGUUAAGCCCGCCGACUGUGUAUGGACCGUAGCUGCAGAGUAGGAGUAUAGCUACUGGUUGCUACCACCUUUUUCUUCCUUCUUAUUCACAGCCCAAGCCCCUGCCUCCGCCCCCUACAUGUCAAUCAAUCCCCUCUCAUUCUCUCUAAUAUUCUGUCGCAAUUCACUUAUUGUCUUUUUUUUUCUCCAUCUCUCCCUUUCAGCUCUUGCAUGGCACCCAAUAUGAAAUAGAGGCAACUCUUGGUGAAUUGGUUGCUAUCUAUCUCUAGCUAGAUAUCACCCAUUUUUAGUUCCUUGCUUGGCUUCAUGGGUCUUAAUUCACUGCAAGUUUGUAUGGAUUCGACUGAUUGGCUGCAGGACACAAUUCACGAGGAGUCCGGAUUGGAUUCUUCUUCACCUUCCGGGGAUAUGCUCACAUGCUCAAGGCCCUUGAUAGAGAGGAGGCUCAGGCCUCAGCACGACCAAGCUCUCAAGUGCCCAAGGUGUGACUCCACUCACACCAAAUUUUGUUACUACAACAACUACAGCCUCUCUCAGCCAAGGUACUUCUGCAAGACUUGCAGAAGGUACUGGACCAAAGGAGGCACUUUAAGGAACAUCCCUGUGGGUGGUGGCUGUAGAAAGAAUAAGAAAGUGUCUAAAAAAUCUAAUGAUCAACCCAUUAAUCAGAACCCUGGAUUAUCAUCAUCUUCUUCCCACAGUCCUACAGAUCUUCACCUUUCAUUUCCUGAGGUCCAACUUUCACACCUUAAUAACAUACUUGGCACUCAUCAAGGCACACUUGCAAACCCUACUUUCAUGGAUAGCAAAUAUAACAUUGGUAUGCUUGAAAACCCUAGGCCUCUGGAUUUUAUGGAGAGUAAGUUAGAAGCUAUAGCGGGCAGCUCCAGGAAUUACGAUUUUAUGGGGAAUAGUGAGAUAGGUAUGGUUAGUGGGCUUGGAGAGAUGAGUAAUCAUGGGUUACCUCCAAAUUUCCAUGGUCUUUGCUCUCCAUUUGGGAUGUCCCUUGAUGGGAAUAAUGGCACUAUCAUGGAAACCUACCAAAGGUUGAUGCUUCCAUAUGAUCAUCAAGGAAAUGAUGAGCAAAACACAAUUGAUGUGAAGCCCAACACCAAGCUUUUGUCCCUCGAAUGGCAAGAUCAGGGUGGGAAGGACACAUUUGGGUACCUAAACAAUUUGGGAUCAUGGACUGGCAUGAUGAAUGGCUAUGGAUCGUCGACCACAACCAAUCCCUUGGUGUAAUCUAAUCCGAAUACGCCUUUGAUGGAAAGUUUUUUUUCUCCUGCUUCUUUCUGUUAUAAGGUGGUCUUGAAAAAUUUCUUUGACUUGACAAGCAACAGCAGCCAGCAGGAGGGGAAUGUGCGAAUGAAAAAGAGUCCAAAAAUGACUGCCUUAGAGUCUUUCUGUCUGUUUUAUUUUCUUAGCUUGUUUCAUUCUUUGCCUAAUUUGGUGUCUUUCUUGUAAGGCAUUCAAAUCUCUAGGAUUUUGUUGUUAUAUCGAGGAAGAUAUGGCAGUGCUUUUUUAGCUUAAAGAAUAUAUAUAUCAUAUAUGUUA